GCCAAAGUUGCGCCAAAACUUAGGCGCCGUGUUGUCGAGCGUGGUAGAACUUAGAACGUCCGACUCAGACGAGCGCCUUUCUCUCUAAACAUAGCUUCCUGCACGUUACACCCCGAUGGUCUCGUCGUCGCGGGGCGAGUCCAGCCUCGGGCUCGGCAUCGACGCCGCGUUCCUUGUACGUCGUCGGCACCUCUGGGCCUUCUCGCUCUCGAUUGUUCUAAGCGGUCAGUACCUCGCUCGCUGGGACGCGUCCGACGCCACGCUCGCCGGUGUCACCUACCUGCUUCUCGCGUCGGCGUUCUACAGUAUGAGCGUCUGCACAAGCGACUUGCUUGCAGCAAUACCCUUCUCUGGCGGCGCGUUUGGCCUCGCGCGCGUCGCUAUCGGCUUUUACGGCGGGUACCUCGUCGCCAUAGCCGAGUGCUUCGAGUACGUUCUCUGCACGGCCGACGCGGUGCAGUCUCUCGGUGCAACCAUCGCGCUCGUAUCGCCCGACAGCACUCCGUUUCUUCCGAUCGCGUACCUUGUCAUCUAUGUGCUGCUGACGCGCCUGCACUUGGUGGGCGGCCCCAGCGUCUGGAACACCUACACUGUCCUCGCAGCAACCACGAUCUUGGGGCUACUCAUGUACAUCUGCAGCAGCGUUCCGCAGCUCGAACGGCGGUCGCUGCGGACAAAGAGCGGGUGGAGCUCGGGGUUUGAACUCGCGGCGCUCGCACCGUCGCAAAUGCGGCUCUUCAUGGGGCUUGAGUGCCUCAACCUCUGCGGCCAGGACGUUGACGACCCGCAGAUCACACUCCCGAUCGUCAAGCGCCGGGCUAUGCGCGUCGCAGUUGCAUCAUCCUUUGUCCUCGGUAGCAUCACAGUCGUCUUUGCCCCUUUGCGCUGGACGGCCCCGUCCCAGUACCCGCCGCUCGCCCCCGGGUUCGCCGACAGCUGGGGCGUCUCGAUGCAAGUUGCCUCCUUCCUCUCGGUGCCAAGCAUGCUGGCCAGCGCUCUUUGCUUUAUGCACGGCUAUAGCCGCGUGCUCUCGUACAUGGGCUCGUCGCGCUUGGUGCACCGGUCGCUUCGGCGGCGCGUCGGUCGGCACCGGACACCGCGCCGCGCCCUCUACGUCGGCUCGGCGCUCAGCAUCCUCGCGUGCCUCACCUCGCACUAUCUUCCCUUGUUUUGCCUGCGGUCGUGCGCCGCGGCGUGCGCGUCCAUCAUGUACAUGGCGCAGUGCUACGGGUACAUUUACUUUACUAUGUCGGUGCAACGGCAGGCGUCGGCGGUGGCGCGCGGCGCCGUCGCCCGUCGCCGGUUCGCCGCCGGGUAUGCGACGGUUGUGUUUGGUGCUUGCUUUGUCGCGUGCUGUGCCACAGCGCUGCCGUCCGCCCCCGAGUACUCCAACGUCGUCGUCGUCGGUGUUUUGGCCAGCGUCACGCUCUUGUGCUCGGUCUACUACUAUAAUGUUGUGAAAUCGUCGCAGCUCUUUUCGGAGCACGAACGCCGGAGCUUGAUGGUCGCCCACAUCAUUGUGUUUAAUAAGAACAAGCUGCGGCAGUCGACGCAACGACUCAAGAAGAUCAUCACGAGCCAGAGAGCCGCCAUGUACAUCAAACGCGCGUCGCUGGGCACGACGACGGUGCCGACGGUGCAGCCGGCGACGGCCGAGCUACUGCGCCGAAAGACUGCCAACGAUAUCCCGCUCAAGGACGCAUCAGAAAGCAGCAAGGACUUGAAGAUGGCACCCGAGCUAGCCCGCGCCACUACUGACCUAACAGUAGCCGCCAACUCUGAUACCAAGUCCGAUGAAGGACUCGAGCGAACCAUGUCGGCGCACAAGGUCAUGCCGACGCUAACGCGUCACUACACCGUGUCGGACAUUCGUGACGACCGGCGGUCGAGCUUUUCGAUCCAAGCAAACCGAGGCACGGACCGUCGACCGAGCUUCUCGAUCAAGUCGAGUCUCAACGAGCGUCGCCCAAGCUUCUCCAUCAAGUCGAGUUUGGCGGACCGACGCCAAAGCUUCUCGCUCAAACCAAGCUUCCAGGAUAGACGGCCGAGCUUCUCGAUCAAGCCGAACCUCAACGACCGCCGACUUAGCUUCUCCAUCAAGCCCAGUCUAAGCGAACGUCGCUUGAGCUUCUCCAUUCAAGGCGCGGGGGCAGAGCGUCGCCCGAGUAUCUCGCUUCAAGGCGACGGCGUCGACCGUCGUCCAAGCUUUUCGCUGAGCGGCGACGGCCGGCGAAGCAGUGCGGCUGGACGCCACGGCGCGCUGCGCUCGAUUCUUGGCAAACAGCACCUCGGCUCUGCGCGCGUCACGGAUCUCGCAGUGCUCUUCCAAGACGACGCCGAAGACGACGAGGACGACGACGACGAUGGCUGCAUCCCGAUACCGCCGCUUCCGUAGUAGUCGCUCGUAGACUUGGUUGUUGGUGGCCGUAACCUGGGAUGCUUCCUCACAGCAACUCGUAUACUUGGUGCACCCGC